AUGACCUCCAUAGUCUGUGUCAAUUAUACCACUGGGUUUGGUGGUAAAUAUGGUGUACAGAAGGAUAGAGUAGAUAAAGCAGCGGUUGGUUACGACUAUCAGAGCAAGUUGCAGAAGCAUGAAUCACAACAAGAUCACUCCAAAGGAUUUGGUGGUAAAUUCGGUGUACAAACUGACAGGGUGGACAAGUCAGCUGUUGGCUGGGAUCACAAGGAAAAAAGUGCAAAACAUGAUUCUCAAAAAGAUUAUUCCAAGGGUUUUGGUGGCAAGUAUGGAGUGCAGGAUGACAGGAAGGAUACUGCAGCUGUCGGAUGGGAGUAUCAACCAUCACUGCAAAAACACGAAUCUCAGAAAGAUUACUCCACUGGUUUCGGUGGUAAGUACGGUGUACAGACUGACAGAAUGGACCAAUCAGCCAAACGUUACGAAGAUACCACUAAAACUGAACUGCAUCCCUCCCAGGUCGAUAUGAGCAAAGGAUUUGGUGGUAAGUUUGGUGUGGAUGAAAGGAAGGACGCAUCGGCCGGUAGUUUUGAUGAUAUGGAGGAGGUGAAGGGAACAAAUUACAAAAGAACAAGACCACAGGGAGCAUCUGGUGCAGCUGGUAGUUUGAAAUCAAAAUUCGAAAACCUUGCACAUCAAGAAGAAGAGGUAAGCAGAAUUAAUGAAGAAGUUCAUCGAGAUGGCUCUGUUAACUCUCGUUUACCAUAUGCAUCAUUUCCAAUUAUUAAAAAAUCUUUUGACGAACCAGAAGACGAUACUUAUGCAGAGGUUGGGGAAGUACCCUCAAAUACUGGACCAACAGCUGUAGCAGUGUAUGACUAUCAAGCCGCGGAUGAAGAUGAGAUUUCAUUUGAUCCGGAUGAUAUCAUCACAAAUAUUGAACAGAUUGAUGCAGGAUGGUGGAGGGGUACAUGCCAUGGGAAAAAUGGCCUCUUUCCAGCGAAUUAUGUUGAAUUACGAGAUUAAAGACAAUAUUUAUACAUUAUGUAUAGAAUUUGUAUUUUGCUUUAAUUGGAAUUAUCAAUCCUAAAUUGUGGGUAGUGUCAACCUUGUCUGUAAAAGAGAACCAGGUAAUCUGUAAUUUUUAUCCACAUAUGCUACAUGAGCCUGGGAACAAUUCUGAUCAGUAUGGUUUAGCGGGCUUGGUAAUCUGAAUUAUACUCUUUGUCAUCAUGUAUUUUUCCAACAUGAGCCAGGGAAUCUGAAUAAGCUAUCAUUUCUAUAUUUGUUGACUAUGUGCCACCCGUUUUGUAUUGUCAUUUAUUUUAGUACAAAAUCCCCAAUUUUCAGUGGUUU